CAUCCGUUUUCAACAAGACAAGAGGAUGAUAAAGAUAUUUGUUGGAAUCUUUCUGAUGGCAGGAGUUCAAUCACAUAAUUGGAAUAACAUGCGAGAAUUCGUUCCUUCAGAAUUCUUUAAUAAAUUUGAUGAACAGGUUUCCCACACUGAGGCAUUGGAAUUUGAUUUCCCCGAAGAUAAAAACUUUGUUUACGGCAAAUAUUCUAAAUGCGCGCCGUUCAGUUAUUCAUCAGGACCAGAUGAAGUAUGCCAAAUAAAAAAGGGAACAGGUAAGAAAACGUAUUGCAAAGACAAAAAAUGCUCUUACAUUGUUCGUUAUGGAUCGACUAAAUGUAACAAAAUGGUUGAACUGUACAGGCCGAUCAAUAUUGUCACGGAGGAAUGCAAGCCUUUUCAAAAUUCGUGUGGCCAGCUGGGCAAAUAUUACGAUCCAAAUAAUAUGAUGCCAGAACUUUACCCCAAUACUGGAUCUAAUCCGCGUGGCACCUCAAAUAGAAGAAUUGAAUGCGAAUGUCAGACUAUUUGGUGCGUUGGUGAAACGUUGACGAUUUAUAAAGAAAAUGGAAGACUGUACAAAGGAGAUGUAACAAUUAAGAAACCAUGCAAAUGCGAUUGCAGAAAAAAAGUGACCAGAUCGACUUAUUAGAAAUGAAUAAAAAGGGAGAAUGUUGCUGAUAUGUUAAAUUGUUCAUUGUUGAAAAUAUGUACAAUUUCUUGCAUGUGUAAUAAAUG